AUGAGGGGACACCCCCGGGACAAGGAGGGGACACCAGGGACAUGGGGACACCCGGGGACAUGGGGACAGCCUGGGGAUGAGGGGACACCCGGGGACAUGGGGGACACCUCGGGGACGAGGGGACACCCCCGGGAAAAGGGGGAGACACCAGGGACAUGGGGACAGCCCGGGGACGUGGGGACAGCCUGGAGAUGGGGGACCCCUGGGACAAGCUGGGGACACCAUGGGGACAGGGGGGUCCCUUGGGACAAGCUGGGGACACCAGGACCCCCCCCAGCCAUGCUACAGGGACAGCGUGGGGGACGCAGGGACACCAGGACCCCUCCAGGACCCCAGGGCCACGGCGGUGUCCCCAUCCCCAUGGUGUCCCCGCUCACAGCCAGGAUCUUGUCCCCAGUCUGCAGCUGCCCGUCCCCAUUCCCAUGA